AUGAGUGUUGCAAGAGAUGAUGAAAACAACUUGAUCGGCUGGGCCGCAAUUGAAGAUUACACCCAGAGACACGACGGUGGAAAAGUGAAGGACUACGCCGAAGAUAUAGACACCAUGCUAGUUUUUGCAGGUCUAUUCUCUGCGGUCCUCACUGCCUUCGUGGUAGAGUGCUAUCCGAUGCUGCAGGAAGACACGGGACAGACAACUAACCAGCUCCUCGGCACUAUCUCGUCUCAGAUAGCUACCACACCGCCUGGCCAGUCAUCUUCCGGCACCACUCCUGCUGCGCCUCCAGGCGCCUCGUCUUUUGUCCCGUCUACCGCCGUCCGUUGCAUCAACUCGCUCCUCUUCCUCAGCCUUAUCUUCAGCCUAUCUGCCGCUCUCUUCGGAAUUUUGGUCAAGCAAUGGUUGCGCGAGUACAUGCAGUGGAACUCUACCCUGGGUGCACCGCGCGAGAACGUCCUGCUUCGCCAGCUACGGUACGAGGCUCUGCAGGACUGGCACGUCGCCGCAAUCAUCUCGUCUAUUCCCGUGUUAAUCGAGCUAGCAAUGAUCAUGUUCUUCGUGGGCAUCGUAGUUCUACUGUGGACACUCGACACCGUCGUCGCAAUCGUUGUCACGGCGGCAAUUACUUUCUUUCUCGGCCUCUUUUCCGCCUUCACCGUCCUGCCAGUCAUCUUCAGACACUGUCCGUACAAAUCUCCGACGGCGUGGGCGUGCAUCGUCCUCUGCGACGCCCUCACCACUGCCAUGGCUUAUCCUGUUCACUUUGUUACCGAGUUCACGCGGAGCGUACGACGUGGGCACUGGAGGCUCCGCACCGUCGGUGUCCGAUAUCCCAGGAGACUGCAGAGCUGGAGGGAGCGCGAGGAGAUGCUGGAGGGAUUUGAGGCCGUGCAUCACCCAUUGUGGCAAGCCUCGCACGAAGUGCGGUGCGGUGUCCGCCGUGCACUGGCUGCAGAGAGGCUUGGUCUCAGCAAGGACGGUGCCCUGCUCGAUGCGGCGCACCAGAGCUUAGCCGUAGUGUCCUCUCCUAUAUCCUUGCUCAAAGAUCUCACCGAGGUCUCGCUGCUCUUCCGGGCACUCUCGUGGGUGCACAAGGCAUCGCAGGACCUGCGCGUGCGGGAGUACGUCAUGCAGAGCGUGGAAACAAUCCACGCCCAGUACCCAGAGAACGUCGAUACGCUCGGAACGCACAGUGUCACGGACUGGUGCAUCCUGUGGGCGCUGCAGGCCGGCGCCAUUCGGCACCCUGAAGGGGCCCUCAUCGCAACUGAAAACGAUGACUGCGGGGCUAUUGCCGUCCAGCGGCAGGUACGGGAUAUGUGGGUGCUCGAGCGGCUGAACAUUCUCGGAGAACAGCGGAACAUCGUGCGGACCAGGCAGCGAAUUCACUACGGAGCAGUCAACCUCGGCGUCCCUGCCGACGACGCACCUCUCCUCGCCGACCUCGUCGCCGCGGACCUCAAAUCUGCAGUCGCCAACCUACUAUCUGUGUCUGAGUCGGAUAUGGAACGCCCCACCUUUCCCGUCUUCGGUCGCAUCGCCUUGGAGAGGCUCUUCUGUGUACUGGCAUGCAUGAGUACGAGCAGGGUAUUUUCUAUUCGCGACGGCCAUCUGCAUGGCAUUCGCGAGCUGCUCUGUCGGAAGGAGAGCGCGCAGCUGGUUGACACAGCCUUGCCCGGCCUCCGGUCUUCUGCUCUCAUGGUUGCAUGUUGCUUCGCGAAGGUCACCUCGGAUGACAGACAGCUAUCAGUUAUUCUAGGAAACCGUCCUAUGUCUGCGCUAGACUAUGCACGACUGAUUCAGGACUACUACAAGGGCGAUAUCCAUGAUCACAACCCCGAAGACCUGGACAUAUUUGUCUUGCUUGCCUAUGAAUGGCUCCUGCACGUCGAUCUCCGCAUCGACCCGUCAGAAGUCCUCCAGCACACAUUUCCGAUCUUGCAAAAGAUGGCGCAUGCGGCCGAGUACGCUCUCCGGUGGAAAAUCCCCAACUGUGGAUGCUAUUUCCACCUGCCGUGGCUAGUUCGUCUCUGGCACAGUCGAUAUCGACACUUCCUGUACGCGGACAUCAGCGCACGCAAUUUCCAGAUGUAUCUGCGUUUAUUCCGCGCACUUGAGGCAUUGCAGGCCGACGGGCUCAUCACUGGUCCAGACCAGGAGCUAGUGCCAAAGCUGUUAGCGGCCGUUGACGACGACCAGACGCAGUCAGCCCUGGUAUUGUGA